GUUAUCAUGCUUUACCGUGCCUAACAGCGUGAUGCCCACGAUAAGAAUCGUUGUGUUUCUCCGCACGCUCCCACCUGAUGAACCUAAUGCUAUUUUGACCCUUCGCCGAGUCACUCCCAUCGACGUAAAUUGAUUUCCUUUUCCCGCGAUUUAUCAACGACCCCCGCGAUCGAAACGAUUAUUGGGAAACGAUCCAUCCUGCAUUGUGACUCUUGAUUCAUGUACGUCGCGAUGCAUGCUCCAUCAGCUUAAUUGAGACUCGGAUUUCUUCCCCUUCACAGCGAGAUCGCGACCUACGCGAGGAGAACCCGCGAAUCGCGAUUCGAGGGCCAAUCGGAUUAUUAACAUUUUCAGUAUAAAUGAGCAACGGUGGUUUUUCCGCGAUGGUACGUGAUCUGAAAAAGACAGCGAGCGCAAUCCGUGCCGAUGGUAAGCGAGUCGACAUCCGGUUCUAAAAGAAUUAAACGAAGGUGUAUAAAAAGAUAAUUGCGAGGAAAAAAACUCAGGUCGGCUUAUUGAAAGCGAAUAAUUGGGAUUUAGAGUGAGUCGUGCCGACAUCUUAAGAACUAAUCGAAUGGCUCUACAAAUAAUAUAAUCGUUUAUUAGUUGCGCUCGCUUGGUCUCGUGCAGAUAAUAAGUUGCGAUAAUAUCCGCAGUUGAAGAUCACAAACCGACGAAGGUACAAAUUGAAAGGAGAAUCUCUUACUGAACGAUUGAUCGGCGAAACGUCGGAACAACGUUACGUAGGUAUCGUUGUACGUAAAGAUAUAAAACUCCUUUAAAUACCUAGUAAAAAGGAAGACAGUAACGAGAAGCGAAACAAGAUUUUGAAAUUGAUCAAGAACUGGUAUGUAAUUAAAAGAAUGAAGAUUAGAUUGCAUCGCGAGUAACGAUUUAAUAAAUAAAUGAUUCUGAUCCCAUUAAUAUUUUUUUAUAUUUCUGGCAAACACGCAUCGUCGAGACCAAGAUUUUAGAUUUUUAACAGCAUGCAUCCAAAAUUAAGUACGAGUAACUUUCUUCGAGAUCGUGACGAUUUCAUGAAAAGAAAAAAAAAUAAGUAAAAGACGAAACGUUUGUGAUUUAGAAACUAUCUAUGCCCCCGCACGACUUCGUUUCUAAUUCAACCUCUUUGGUUGAGAAAAAAGUGUACUUAAUUUCCGAAUUAUUUUAUAUAAUUGGAGUCAACACUGAAAAGUGUUUCCAGUUGUAACUUUUGCUAAUUUCGGUAUUAUUUUACUGCUCUUCUUUUGUUGAUAAAUUUUUCUUUGGAUAAAAUCACAAUAUUCGCCGAUCGUAGUAUAAAUCUUUCACGGUCUGAUCGAGUAGAGAAUCUCUGGACUAACAAUAAGAGAGAGACUAUAUAGCGCCCAAGGGAUUGCGCGAGCCAAUUGUGCUCGCCUGUCCUAAAAUAAGAACUCGGCCGCUCCGGGAUGAACUCGAGAUAGAAUCAGGAAGAUGAGACUGUGCGGGGGUGCAGUUAGGUCGGUGGGCACAUAGGUAGGACCGUAAAGGAGGCGCAGGUAGGGCCUGGCGUCAACUGCUGGGGUUUGUGGUGGUUGAUAUCGACCCGGGUCGGAGGGUCGUGUAGCAGUCAGGAUCGCAAGGCGCACGCCUGGACGUGGACGGGAGCGAGGCGCGACAAGGAAAGCGGCGCGGGGCGGCGAAAUAGACGGAGAUAAAUAGACGGAGUGGCGCGGAGGGUGGUGAGGUGGGUGGACGGUCUCAAUGUAUAUACGUGCACACGAUCGUGGAGGUAGGUCGUGUAGAAGAGGUAGUAGGAACCCGCCGGUAGUAGCAACCCGGCUGGCUAGCGCACCCCAUACGCGCGGGUGCCAGGCGCCGUGUCCCAAGAGAGAAGCUCAGUCCGGCUCGUCUUGGCGCGCAUGUGUGCGUGUACGUGUGUGCGUGAGUGGUGCGAGUGUACGUGCACGUUGUCCUCCGGGUAACAGCUGCGUUAGCGGGCCUGGGGGAAUCCUGCGGACGCUGAUCGCUGAUUCCGUCUGGGCAGACUUGGAGUUUUGCGGGCAAGGCGAGACUCCGCUCACCUCGUCCGCUCUCGUUCUUCGGCGAGGCGGUGGAAGCUGUGGGGCGAGGGAGAUAUCACCCGGGAUUUCGUCCACGGGGUGUGUUAUCCCGCGGAAAUCACGGGGGCUGCUCCAUGUGCAUCCACGAGGAGGAGGAAGAGAAGGUAGCCGUGACCGGUCGAUCGUCCCCAUAGAGGAGGACGCGGCGGACGUGGUGAUGCGGUAGAGUGUGGCGAGAGGAGUAAUGUGACGGUGCGUGGUGCGCAUACAGCGGAAGAGGACGACGACGACCGUCAAGCCGGCGCCAUGUCGCAACGACAGCAGACCCCGACGAACGAGGAUUCCUACCUGAGCUGUGGCAGGCCAUCGAACCUGCUGAAGACGAGCUUCAGCAGCGCUCGCCUCGAGAAGCUCUAUCGCGCCUCGUCGUUGCAGCAGCGUCGCGGCGGCCUCACGUGCUUCCUGAUGUCGGCGAUCCUGUACGGCCUCUACACGUUGUCGACGCCGGGGAUGGAGCUGCCGGCACGUUGCGUCAGCGCCGUAUUUCUCGGCCUGAACUCCGUUUUGUUAGUCCAGACCAGCUGCAUCAAGCCCAGCACAGCGCGCACCUCGGUCUGGUCGGUGGUGCCGUGCGUAGUCGGACAGCUGUGGAUCGUGCACCUGCCCGCUCAGCUGUUCCUCAAGUCCGCCAAGGUCACGCCGAGGGACAGCCUAGCAUGGAUGCUGCUGCUGCUCUACUUGCUGUUCGCCACCCUACCGCUCAAGCUAUGCCGCUGCACGUUCCUCGCACUCGGCAGCGUGCUCGUGUACUUCAUCGCCGUGAUUGGUCUCUCCAGCGCGACGUUGGAGGAGCUUAAAACGCAGCCUGUCGAUAUUCUGAUCCUGACGCUGACGCUCUUCGCCGGCGCCUCCAUCUUGGGCGCUUGUGGCUACUGCCUGGCGGAGUUUCAACAGCGCCGCGCGUUUCUGGAGACCAGGCAGAGCCUGGAGGUCCAGCUGAUGAUCGAGGAGCAGAGCGCGGAGCAGGAGCGGUUGUUGCUCAGCGUCCUGCCGGAGCACGUCGCGGUCAAGAUGCGGCAGGACCUCGGCGCGUCCCUCGACACGCAGUUCAAGAAGAUCUACAUGUCCAGGCACGAGAACGUGUCGAUACUUUACGCCGACAUAGUCGGCUUCACCGCGAUCUCGUCGACCUACAGCGCCGGCGAGCUGGUCAAGAUACUCAACGAGCUCUUCGCGCGAUUCGAUCAGCUCAGCGAACGAUACGAGCAAAUGCGCAUCAAGAUCUUGGGGGACUGUUAUUACUGCAUAAGUGGUGCACCCGUCGAAAGGCCGGACCACGCGGUCCUCUGCGUGUACAUGGGACUGUCCAUGGUGGAGGCGAUUAAAUAUGUUCAACAAACGACGAACAGCCCCGUCGACAUGAGGGUAGGCAUUCACACGGGCGCGGUGCUCGCCGGGGUCCUCGGACAGAGGCAGUGGCAGUUCGAUGUCUACAGCAAGGACGUCGAGCUGGCGAACAAGAUGGAGAGCAGCGGAAGGGCGGGGAGGGUACACAUCUCGAAUGCAACGCUGAGCUUCCUAAAUGGGGAAUUCGAGGUCGAGCCGGCGCACGGGGAGGAUCGGGAGGAGGCACUCCAAAAAGCUGGCCUCGUCACUUACUUUAUCGUGAGAGCCUUGAAGCCGUUUAAGCCAGCGGUGACGAAAAGCCUCGCGUCGCUGGCGGACGCGGAAAACUCGCAAAGAAUAAUAGAGAGUGUGCAAGACAAGGUGGACAAUAUUCGAGAAGAUUCCGAGGAAUUCCAGCAACGGCUGAGAAAGAAACUUGACAGUAGAGGUGGUGGUACCGACCUGAAAGGUCAUGCCUCCUGGUUGACCCUACGGUUCAAGGAUCCGAGCGUGGAGACGGCGUUCCAUAGCGUUGAAGAGGCCUUCUCGCCCCUGUCGCUCCUCGGCGGACCCUUGGUCACGAUGUGCGCAGCACCGGUCUGGAGGCUGCAGCCCUGGGGACCGUUCACGUGGGGUGGCGCCGGGGUGGUCACUCUCUUCGGCGUCGUGCUGGCUGGAGCUACCUGCCUGGGCAGCGCGGUCAGGGCGACGUGGUUCAGAAGCACCCUCGCGCUCCUCAUGACGUUCUCCCUCAUAAUCUUCCUGCUAUUAGACAUGACUAACUGCGCGAUCAUCGACGACGUCGAGCCGGCGAAGAACACCUCGCUAAACUGGUCCCCGCGAUGUCCGUACCCUUCUUAUUAUUCAUACAUCGGCGUCCUGGCGCUGGUCGCUAUCUCGAUGCCGACAUAUCUCUGUUACUUGACCAAGGCGUGCCUGAUGUACUUCCUUGCCGGCGCGCAGUCCUGCAUUAACGUCCUGUUCCUCGCGUCGAGCCUCGAUAGGGAGGACGUGGCGUCGAACCAGGGAUCCGUUCCCAUCCCGCUGAAAUAUUCGCUGGCGGCCACCUUGUUCACCAUCGCGACCGCACUAGUCAUCGUAGCGAGAUACGCGGAGAAGGCGCGAAGGAUGCUGUAUCUGCGAGGACGAGAGGUGAUCGCGCAGAGGGAACGGGCGGCGGAUAUGAAGCGAAGAAACGGUGCUCUAAUAUACAACAUCCUGCCGCCCCACGUAGCCGCUUAUUUCCUGUCGCGCGCGAGGCACCACGACGAUCUCUACAGCCAGAGCUACGCCGAGGUGGGCGUGCUGUUUGCCAGUAUGCCAAACUUCGCGGACUUCUACAGCGAGGAGAGCAUCAACAAUCAAGGCCUCGAGUGCCUCAGGUUCCUGAACGAAGUUAUCUCCGACUUCGACGCCAUCCUCGAUCAGAAGAAAUUCAAAAGCAUCAUCAAGAUCAAGACGAUAGGAUCGACCUAUAUGGCCGCGUCGGGAAUAUCCGAGGUGCAAUCGGUGCAGUCGGAGGACGGUCCCCGGUGGGGCCACCUCGUCACUCUCGUCGAGUUCGCUCUGGAGCUUAAAAAAGCCCUGUCAAGCAUCAACGAGCAGAGCUUUAAUCACUUCGUUUUGAAAAUGGGCAUCAAUCACGGACCGGUGACUGCCGGUGUCAUCGGGGCACGGAAGCCUCACUACGACAUUUGGGGCAACACCGUCAAUGUCGCGUCGAGGAUGGAGAGCACGGGGAAAGUCGGCUGCAUUCAGGUCACCGACGAGACGCGGAAGAUACUAGAGCCGUUCGGUUUCGGCUUCGAACAACGGGGUCUCGUCUUCGUCAAGGGCAAGGGUCAGCUCUUGACGCACUACCUUGUCUCCCAGGACGGCGUCUUUCUCGACCUGGACAGCGAUCUGCCCGUUGAACCUACCCACCCGAUAAUCUAUCAGUAAUGUACCCGAAGGCUCUAACUCGAACGAGAAACGACCUCUCACCGGGGGUAUCAAGCCGGUCGUUCAAAACCCGUCACGAAUUUCCUCGGCGGGUGUCGGGCUGGACGCUCAGAGCGCUUAACGUCCGACCUGACGGUUUCCGGAAGCUGGUGAAUCACGAAUCGUAAAUUAGAUGACGUCUCUCUGUUCACCGAACGAAUUUUUCCUCAAGGACGUUCGACAAGCUAAAUGUGUAUUGUCGUAGAGAACUCUCUAUAAAUGUUAGCAUCCUCGUUUCUCAGAAGGAGAAAAUGGCAGGCGGAAAAGGGGACGAGGAGGACUGGGGGAGGGGAAGGGGAGAGAGGAGCGGGAUCGACGCCCGGACCGUUCGCGACUGUCCGCGAGUGUCAUCGUGUCGUCGCCAUAUCAUCAUCCGUCAUCCCAUCAUUGAUAAACGCGAAGGGAGAAGUUUGCACACAGCCGCCGUCGACUGUUCAUUUUCACACGUUCACACGCGCGCACACACGCACACACGCACGCACGCACGCACGCACGCACACACGGGAUCACGCGUGCGCGCGUGCCUUACGAACGGCUAGGGUGCGUUGAACUCGUACAGGGUAUAUUCGAAACAAACAAACAAGUAAUAGGUUUAGAAAACACGCAGGUUUGAAAAAUGCGAAUGAAACGAUAUUUUGAUGUCGCCGUGUAAAUAGCACUAGAUCCAUAGGGGGGGGGGGGGAGCGCAGAUGUAAUAUCGUUAAUGGAGACGUGUAAUAUAGCAACAGAUCGAACGCCGCCUCGAGAGGAUCUGGAUAACGUAGAGGUAAUUCACUCCGUGUGUGGUAAAUCUCGUGUUCUAGGGCUAAACUUCUUUCUCCAAGUCGCGCACUUGGGGCCGGUUUCACAAACGUCGGUUAACAGCUACUCGAAGAUUACUUGAUUCUCUGUCAAAAAGAUAGGGAGUUAACUGAACUCUCGUUAACAGUUAACCAACGUUUGUGAAGCUGGUCCUCGAUCAGACGCGGCUGCUGACGCGAAAGCUGCGCGAGAAAUUUGAGAAUGUCCUGUCGUUAGCGUCGGUAUCCUAUUGGUAUCGGAUCACUUCCCGGUACCAGCAAUAAUCCAAACAAUCGUCACCUACAGCUCUUCGUCAAUUUCCAUGCCUGAUCUACACGCAACUCGAAUUCGAUCUGCGACAUCGCCACGGCGUACGAGGAGAUAAAGAGAAUAUUGGGGAGGCAGAGGUGUUGGCGGAGGCGCGAACUUGUCCGUUCUCGCGUCACCACUUCCGGUUUAUCAGUGACGUUUCGUACAUGGCAUAAUUUUGUUACCGUUUAUUCAACGAUCUAGCGUGGGCGACGUCUCUUUAGGAGUCUUCGGGAACUGUUUUCUCCCGGAUACGCGUCAUCUGUAGAGCGCACACGAGAUACAUGUAUAUCGGAGUAUAUUAUAUAUAACGGCGGGACACUUGACAAAAUGAAAAUAUAAGAGCACUAGGGAACUAUAAAUGUGCGCGGAACUAUAAAAAAAAACGCAAGAAAAACCGAACAUCGCCGAUACGGUAGUAAUUUAUUUUUCUACAGUCGCCGAGAGUUUAUCACAGACCAAGAUGACUCGGAUACGUGCGUGACGCACGUAAGGAGACCUUAAUGAAAUUUUCUACUGACUCUUUCGUUACAUACGACGACAUAGAUCUCAGCACGAGAAAGAAACGUCUCCCCUCUCGCGCGUGUUCAAAGAGUAAUUUAUUACUUACUCGCUUUCGACUUGAGAUUCACGUGACAAUUCGAGUAAACUGCGACGCAAUUCGCCCGACGUUGAAUGUAACGAGAGGGUUGCGAGAGGAAGAGUAUCGAGAGAGAGAGAGAAUGAGAGAGAGUGGGUGUGAACGAUGAAAGAUUGAAUGGGAGUGUGAAAACAAGUAGGUAUCGGCCUAAACGCGAGAGAAGCUAAGCAAGACAUGGAUCUCCUCAAUCGGAGAGAAGGCGAAAGAGAUAAAGAGAAGCGAUAUACUUCCGGAUCGUUCCACGUAAUCGCGUACUUCCAUUUCCGGCCGACUUCUCGCCCGCACAAUCAUGCAUAUAUUACGCAACAAACACGCGUGAUCGACGUGUACACGCGGAGAAGCAACGAUUGGCACGAUAACAAUGUUAAUGUACACACGCGUGCGUAGAUCGGAGAGUUAUCUUGUAAGAUAGCAAUAAAUGGACUCUCUUUCGCGUGCACACGCUAUAUUUUCAUGAGUCGAUAGGCAGGAAAUGCGGAUAGAUUGACGUGCAACGUAAACUAUCUAUGAAAAGUUGAUUAAUUAAGAGAAAUUAAUAGAAACUCAUUUCGUAAAAUUUUGAAUCCUUAAUCUUCGACAUUGAAGGGUUUUGUAAAAAUAUCUUCUAUUCUCCCUUCAUUUUCUUUGCUUCAGACUUGAUACAAAGGACUGUCGUUGGAGAAUAAAAGAUAAUAGAAGAGUAGCCAAGACAUUUUUUAUCUCCGAUAUCAAAGAUUCUGGAAGAGACUUCUACCUCGCAGAUUGAAUUUCUAUUAAUUCCUUUUGAUCCAUUUAUUUUUUCGCGGCUGAUAUAGGACGCAAAGUGAUCCGCGUGUAAUCAUGUAAUAGUCAUGUAAGGAGAAUAUAUCACUGUUGAUAUGUUAGCACUUUAAAUGUGACGGGGCGGAUUUGGAGCAAGCGAGAAAAAACUUGUAAAAACUUUCGACUUUCUAGCGCGGCAGGCGCAGCUGCACGCGAAAAUCCAAGGGUGACAUGUAAAACUACGCGAGAAACCCCACUCCUGCGUCGGCGAGAUAAUAAAUGGCGUCUUUGCCUACGAGAAAA